GGCGGAGGCGGCGGCGGCGGCGGCGGCGGCGGCGGCCGCAGAGAGCAGAGCGCGAGCCGGGAGGGCAGCAAGGCGGCGAGCGUGCAGCUGGGCGACUGCACCCGGUGCUGGCUGCGCGACGCCGCGCUGCUCUCGGCUCGGACGGCCUCUCCCAUGCGCUGAGGGCCCCCGGCUGUGCCGGGAGGGCGGCCGGACCGGAGGAUCCUCUCCAUGGUCCAGAAGAGCGGCAUGUCCCGGGGCCCUUACCCACCUUCCCAAGAGAUCCCUAUGGAGGUCUUCGACCCCAGCCCACAGGGCAAAUACAGCAAGAGGAAAGGGCGGUUCAAAAGGUCAGAUGGGAGCACCUCCUCAGAUACCACAUCCAACAGCUUUGUCCGUCAGGGCUCAGCAGAGUCCUACACGAGCCGGCCGUCAGACUCCGACGUGUCCCUGGAGGAGGACCGGGAAGCCUUAAGGAAGGAGGCAGAGCGCCAGGCCUUAGCCCAGCUCGAGAAAGCCAAGACCAAACCAGUGGCCUUUGCUGUUCGGACAAAUGUUGGCUACAAUCCGUCUCCAGGAGAUGAGGUGCCAGUGCAGGGAGUGGCCAUCACCUUUGAGCCCAAGGACUUCCUGCACAUCAAGGAGAAAUACAAUAAUGACUGGUGGAUCGGGAGGCUGGUGAAGGAAGGCUGUGAGGUUGGUUUCAUCCCCAGCCCUGUCAAACUGGACAGCCUUCGCCUGCUGCAGGAACAGACGCUGCGCCAAAACCGCCUCAGCUCCAGCAAGUCAGGUGACAACUCCAGUUCCAGUCUGGGAGAUGUGGUGACUGGCACCCGCCGCCCCACACCCCCCGCCAGUGGUAACGAAAUGACUAACUUUGCCUUUGAGCUAGACCCCCUAGAGUUAGAGGAGGAGGAGGCGGAGCUAGGGGAGCACGGUGGCUCUGCCAAGACUAGUGUGAGCAGUGUCACCACGCCGCCACCCCACGGCAAGCGCAUCCCCUUUUUUAAGAAGACAGAGCACGUGCCCCCCUAUGACGUGGUGCCUUCCAUGAGGCCCAUCAUCCUGGUGGGACCAUCGCUCAAGGGCUAUGAGGUAACUGACAUGAUGCAGAAGGCGUUGUUUGACUUCUUGAAGCAUCGGUUUGAUGGCAGGAUUUCCAUCACCCGGGUAACGGCUGACAUUUCCCUGGCCAAGCGCUCGGUCCUCAACAACCCCAGCAAACACAUUAUCAUCGAGCGCUCCAACACUCGCUCCAGCCUGGCUGAGGUACAGAGUGAAAUCGAGCGGAUCUUCGAGCUGGCCCGGACCUUGCAGCUGGUUGCCCUGGACGCCGACACCAUCAACCACCCAGCCCAGCUCUCUAAAACCUCGCUGGCCCCCAUCAUUGUUUACAUCAAGAUCACAUCCCCCAAGGUACUGCAGAGGCUCAUCAAAUCCCGAGGGAAGUCUCAAUCCAAACACCUCAAUGUCCAAAUAGCAGCCUCGGAGAAGCUGGCACAGUGUCCCCCCGAAAUGUUUGACAUAAUCCUGGACGAGAACCAAUUGGAAGAUGCCUGCGAGCACCUGGCGGAGUACUUGGAAGCCUACUGGAAGGCCACACACCCGCCUAGCAGCACGCCACCCAAUCCGCUGCUGAACCGCACCAUGGCUACCGCCGCUCUGGCUGCCAGCCCUGCCCCCGUCUCCAACCUCCAGGGACCCUACCUUGCUUCCGGGGACCAGCCGCUGGACCGGGCCACUGGGGAGCAUGCCAGUGUGCACGAGUACCCCGGGGAGCUGGGCCAGCCCCCAGGCCUUUACCCCAGCAACCACCCACCUGGCCGGGCAGGCACCCUGCGGGCGCUAUCCCGCCAAGACACCUUUGAUGCUGACACCCCCGGCAGCCGAAACUCUGCCUACACGGAGCCAGGAGACUCGUGUGUGGACAUGGAGACAGACCCCUCAGAGGGCCCAGGGCCUGGAGACCCUGCAGGGGGAGGUACACCACCAGCUCGGCAGGGCUCCUGGGAAGAGGAGGAAGAUUAUGAGGAGGAGAUGACCGACAACAGGAACCGGGGCCGGAAUAAGGCCCGCUACUGUGCGGAGGGUGGUGGGCCGGUUCUGGGGCGCAAUAAGAAUGAGCUGGAGGGCUGGGGACAAGGCGUCUACAUCCGCUGAGAGGCAGGGGCAGUUCUGGGAGAGAAGAGGCUCUGAACUCGGGGAGGGGAGGGCAGAGGGGCGCACCACCCAAGAUGUGUCUUGCCUCCAGGGGGCGCUUUGUCCCUCAUUUUCAGAUGCCUUUGCUCAAAGCUUGGGGUUUCUUUGGUGGUUAUCAUUCCCAACUCCUGGGAGGUCCUUAAUCCCCAGCUGUAGGUUUUUCCCUAAACUGCUGUGGGUGGAUGGGGGAAUACCUACUUUCUGAAGUGCCCCCUUUCCCCAUCUUUGGGGCUUUCUCCCUCCCAGAGAAAAGGUGCACUUCCUUAACUUUUUACUCGGGGCUGUAAGCGGAGGUCCUAAUUGGGGUGGGGUGGAGGGGUUUCUUCUACCAACGCAGGGGUACUUGGGAAAGGUUGGGUGCUUUUCCUGAAGAGAACCCGCUGAAUCUUCCACAAACCCCAGACCCGGGAUCCCCCACCAUAUCCAUUCCAUAACCUAGUUUCCUAGCAGCAUUCUCUGGUGGGUGAAAGCCACAGCUUGGAAACCCAUGAAGAGCUUGCUUUGGGGAGCAGAGCUGGGUGCAAACUGACGGGCAUCAGUGUGUGCUCUCUGCCCUCCAUGGUCAUGGCAAGAAAGCAGGGCCUAGAAACUUGAGGAGUGAGCAACUCAAGAUGCUGCCCCCCGCAACCCCUUCCAGCCCUUGUCUCCCCCCGGGAAUGAGCUUUGUCUACAGCAUACCCUGCCUGCUGCCAUCAGAAGAGAGGGGCCCUCUGCAUCUGAGCCCCACAUCUCCGUGCCGCCUGGGUGUGGAGACCAUGAGACCAUGAAUACGUUGGGUCCACCUCAUUCUAAACCAAAAAACCUGCUCUUUCACCUUCACCCCGAGGCCCCAGGGAACAGGCUCUAUGUGUUGGUGCCCAUGAGGUGACCGCCAUUCAGGGGCUUCCUGAGGACCUUGGGUCUCCCCUAGGGGUCUUGGUUGCUGCUGCUUCUCUGUAUUUGCCUCUUGUGAUCCUGUCCUUUCCCGUGUCCACUUUCCCCAAGAGAGGCCUCGGUAGCCCCUCACCCCUGGGGUUCCCUUAGCCUCGGCAUCCCUGUAGUCCAGCAGCCCUGCCCCUCCCCAGCAUCACAGCUGGUCCAGAGAGAGCCGAUUGUGCCAACGAGGACUGGGCCCUGCCCAGCUGCCCACCUCAGGGAUGGGCACCUCAUGCCUGUCUCGCCACCUCCUGUGCCAAUGUUGCCCCACCCCUUCCGGGGGUGGGGCACAGCUUCCACUAACAGGUUAGAAGAUAGCACUGCCCAACCUUUCGCUCCCCGUCCCCAUCUACUGUCUCGUGCCCAUCUGUCUGUCUGUCUGUCUGUACUCCUCUAGGAGAGAUAUUUUGCCACAUAUAAAACCGCAGUUCUGUCCUUUGCGGCCA